UCCUCCUCUGCCAAAAUUAUAUUCGAAUGCAUCUAUAUCAUCUUCACAUGACUGCUACUUGCUACUUACUGCUUGCGACAACCACUUCCUAAGUAUUGCGCUUUGGCCGUUAAAAGAAGUACAUUUACAAUCUACAACGCGCGCGGUCUGCAAACAUGGAUGGAAACCACAAAGGAGGUCGAGGAGUACAACCUCCGUAUCGAUCAACAAAUCUCAAAUCGCAGCGAGCAGAAGAUCCUUUUGAUGAUUCGCACCAUUUAAAGUCGCCUCAGUUGCAAUCGUCAAGUGCACAUUCUCGGGACGUUGAUCUAAAGAGACCAUCUACUGCGCGCAACGGCCGAGUAAGUCAUUACUUAACAAUACCUACUACAAAACUUGAGAUUCGAGUCUGCUAACACUUCUUAAGUCUAACAGUCGUUCGAUAAUAAUGGCUCGGGGGGCUUUUUCCAAAAGUCUCAGUGUUUUUAGGGAGAAAGAAUUGACACAAGUGAAUCAGAGUUCAUCAAAUGGAGAUUUAUUUGAAUAUCUGAUUGCACCUAAGGAUAAAGGUGGACAAUUGAACACCUCCGCUAGUUCUCCAAUGGGGAAAGGUUCACCUAUAUUCACGGACAAUCAAGGGACCUCUGCGUUUCCUCAGCAUACAUAUGACAUUACUCGGAAUAAGCUUCACGACAGUCAUUCUCGCGGACCUAGCGGAUCUACAAACGAUAUUGAUUCUUUUGAAAUGGAAAGCACAUAUGAUGAUGGGUUUUAUACGGCGAAUGAGAUUCAAUCAAUGCAGCAUCGUCGCGAAGGCACUCCUCCGAGCAGCACGGUUCGGUAUAAUGAGUACCACCAGUCACCCUCCUAUUCGAUACGCCACGAUAGUCGCAUAGUCGGUUCGGCUUCAGUACAACAGUCUUCUUCAGACCGGCAAGUCCAACCAUAUAAGUCUCAUCAGGCUCCUGUGUUGGUUGCAAAAGGUCCUGGAGAUAAUGUAACUUCGAGAUUUAGAGGAUCGAGCACAUUAUCAUUCACAAACACCGUACCAUACAAUACGAUGAAUUCUCCGGAGAGCAACGUGGAUCAAGUAGGUGUUCUCACCGGCGACAAAGAUUCAUCGCCAAAGAAGAGCAAAGAGAAGAAGGCUAAGAAAAGCAAGUUCUCCCCCAAUUCUACGGCGGUUUCUGCCAUCUCUGAGAAUCAGCUCUACUCGGGACUAAGUGACAUGCACACUGGUCUGUUUUUGUCGACGUAUAACGGAAAUCGUGCCUCACUACCUCGUCCUAAGGAUGCCAAUUCGACAGGUUUUCCCACAGAGUUGCCUCCGCGACCUGCUCCCCGGCCCCCACUACCUAUCAGAGUGACCGCGGAGGCUAGAGCGCAGUUUGCUGCCAGGAAACAGGAUGAGAGAUUGGCUCUAGAGCGACGCUUGGCAGAGCCUCAUCUUGUCCGACGCACUGUUUCUGCCAAUAAUAAUUGGGUUGUUAGUUUCUUCCAAGGUCUUACCUCUAAUUGCUGGGCUGCGUUUGCCGUCACACAAUUUGGAUUUUUAUCAACAGGAGUUAGCGUGGGUGUCGUCGUUACACUUAGGAGCACAGCCAGUCAGUCAUCCACUAGUAAUAUCAGUGUAGUGGUUAUCUGGUGGCUGGUGCUUAGUGUGAUCCUUCUGUGUGUUGGAGGUACGACCUUUGGCUUCAUGAUCUGCCGCGAAAGUGCAUAUCAUCCUCGCGGCGGAUUUAGACAACAUGCUGGCAGCCGGGAGAUUGUAGAUGGUAGUAUUGGACGUGGCGAUCUGGAAAGCGGCCAUCAUGGACAAAGAUCUUUCGAAAUGGUUCCCGGAGCUAAUACUAUGCGUCGGGAGGCCUUGUCGACUUUUGAUGCUCCUCAACGAGUCCAAAAUCUUCAUCCUGAGGUCCUUCGACCUAAUGUGGAGAUAUCUCAAAGAGUACGAAAUUAUCACCAUGGAUUUGAACAGGUUCCUACGUAUGGCACUGGAGAAGGACGGUAUUACGAGCCUUUCCGUUUGAACAGUCCGGAAGUUGAAAAUUAUGGCUAUAUGUUAGCGAAUCCAGCGACGCCCUUAACGCCUUUACCACAAGCUGUCUUAAAGCCAGUAACUUCUCGAAACAUCAAUGAUUUCCCAGUUCAUCAUUAUACUCCCAGUAAACUAAGUGGAUCUCAUUCAGCAAACCCUUCUUUGCCCGAUGAGGCUUACGGGACAAUGGGAGUUCCUAGUUGGACAUCGAUCAGAAGUAGGGAUAGUCUGGUAGCAGCUGCACCUCAUCGAGACUUGGCGAUGAAGAGCCUCCUUGGAGAAAAUGCAGCUCCCAAGGUAAGUUCAAGCUAUUCUAAUCAAACAUAAUUUUUCUCAUAGCAUUCAGCGGGAAUAGUACUAAGUUUUAUCCUCCGCAGACCCCAUCUAACACCACGGAUACUUGGAACAGAGAUCAAGGCACUAUAGAGUCUGCAACACCAUCCCAGACAUCAGUGUAUUCAUACAUGCCAUCUGCCCACCCCUUACAUCGUACACCCGCAGAAAUGCAGCAGCGACAGGCUGUGGAUACUUUCGUACUCAGCAGUCACAACGCAUCUUGUAUAAGUUCAAGAAUCGACUUGGACAAGGCAAUGCCACCCACCCUCAAACGGGUCGAGACUGAGGGCCCGCUAGAGAAAUUGGAGAAGAGUCUCGCUCACCAGAGUGAGCAGAUCGUUUUCGGAAAACAGUUUUCCCCUCCGCUUGAUCUUGGUGAUAGACCUUUGGUGGUCUGUCACAAACGUGUCGUAAAUGGAAGAUUUAGGCAGUACGGAUCCCGUGAAGAUAAUCUUGAAGCUGGACCUGCCGCUGCAAGCGUCAGUAGUAGCAAUAAUCCUCGUCGCAGACCGGAGGCCAUUGACCAUUGUACAACACCGCAAGCUCCUCGUGGUGGUAUGCUUUCCAGAUUGAAUACUGGGGACAGCUCUGCAUUAGAUAACAUCGACCUGACUGAUUCUACCUUCGCCUCGCGAAACCCCUACCGCGAUAGCAUGAAUGACAGUUGUGAUAACAGUCCUUGCAACAUGGAAAUUUUACCAGCUACGUACUACACAGGUAGUGGCAAGGGAAAGAGUCUUGCAUACGAAUGAUUCCGCUCUCAUCCUUCACUCCGAACUUAGAAGCUACGGGAUCUCAUCUCGACGGCGAACAGUCAUCUACUGUCUACUACUCUUGCAACCCUUUGCAACCUCUACUACUCUUACAACUCAUUCAACCUACUUCCAUUCCGUCAGAAAAAAGACGUUAUGGUCAAAAGUUACAUUUGCAUUUAUUCACAUUUCCUC